UAUAAUUAGUUGUUCAGUCUUCACACGAUCUUUUAACAAAAUCAAUCUUACCGACUGAGCAAUAUUCCUGAAAUAUAUAGAUGUGUAUAUAUCUUGACGUGUUUACGAAAUGUGCGUGUGACACUUGAAUAGUUCUUGAAUCCAAACGGAAAAAUAAAUGCUCUACGACCUGGGCAUGUUGUUUUUUCCCAAAAUUUUUCAUCUUUUUGGAGAAUGUUUGAAACCGAGCUGAAUUCUUGUUCUCUUCAUCGAGUUCAUUGUUUUACAGAUAGUAUGUUUUGAAGCUGUCUCCACCGAGUACCGAAUCACGAUUGCUUAAGAAAGUAAGAAUCCAUAUACAAGAUAGUGCAUCGUAAUGUCUGGACUUAUCGAACGCCUUCCUGAUGCUGUUGCCCUCAGGUGCCUUGCACGAGUUCCCUUCCAUCUUCAUCCGAAGUUAAAACUAGUUUCACGCUCCUGGCGAGCUGCCAUUUGUAGCGCUGAACUCUUUAAAGCCCGUCAAGAGGUGAACUCGACUCAGGAAUUUAUAUGUGUUUGUGCAUAUGACCCUGACAAUCUAUGGCAGCUUUAUGAUCCUCUGCACGACCUUUGGAUUACUCUCCCGGUUCUUCCAUCAAAUAUUAGGCACCUCGCUCACUUUGGUGUUGUCUCUGUUGGUGGAAAGCUUUUUGUGUUAGGUGGUGGAAGUGAUGCUGUGGAUCCUUUGACUGGUGACCAGGAUGGAAGUUUUGCUACUGAUGUAGUAUGGUCGUAUGACACAGUAUCUCGGCAGUGGGCCCUACGUGCACCUAUGAUUGUGCCUCGUGCAAUGUUCGCAUGCUGUGUAGUGGAUGGGAAGAUAAUUGUGGCUGGUGGUUUUACUAACUGCAGGAAGUCAAUCUCUAAAGCCGAAGUCUAUGAUCCUGACAAGGAUGUCUGGGUUUCCAUACCCGAUCUCCACCACACUCAUGAUUCUGCAUGUACAGGAGUGGUUAUUGGGGGUAAAGUUCAUGUCUUGCACAAGGGAUUGUCAACUGUGCAAGUUUUGGAUAGUAUUAAGCAGGGUUGGACAGUUCAUGACUAUUGUUGGCUUCAGGGUCCAUUGGCAGUUGUUAAAGGGAAGCUGUAUGUGAUGAGCCAUGGCCAAAUUUACAAGCAGGAGAGGGAAUUCAGCAAGUUGGUAGUUUCAGCAUCUGAGUUUCGUCGAAAGAUAAGUUUUGGGAUGAUAGGGUUGGGAGAUGAUAUUUACAUAAUUGGAGGAGUUAUAGGGCCUGACAGGAUGAAUUGGGAUAUCAAGGUGACCACUGACGUUGAUGUUCUGUCGCUUGCAAAUGAGAGACCGGUUUGGCAUCAGGUGGCUCCUAUGACACGGUGCAGGGGAACUAUCCUCGGAUGUGCACAGCUGAAGAUUUAGGUCAUUUACGCAGAGCUUGAAAGAAGAGGUCCGACCUUUUCCCAGCCCGGUUUUGCAUGUAAGCCAUAUGUUGGCUUUCGUUUGUUUAGAGUUUGGACAAACUUUUUUAUGGUCGUCCAAUGCCUUUGAAAGGGGCAGUGCACUGCUGUUACUUGAAGGAAACAAUGUAUUAGAACGAAGAAACCUUUUAAUGCUCUCUCUUUUAUAUUGGAGGUUCGUCUCGUUUCUGUAAUGGCGCCUAAAAUUAUUUGCGUCGGAUUUGAGCUUUCUGCUUUUGAUAUAACUUUUUGGUACACAUGAAUGUUUCGCUCUGA